UAGAUAAAGACCACUCGGUGCAACCGGUUUAAAUCCAGUCAUCCACAAGAUUUUCUGUAAUCAAACACGUCAGGUCAGGCACCAUGUCACACCUUCAAUACUACGCAUACCCUGGAAAAGGCGGAACGGCAAAGAAGAACUUCAAGUACAGCCAGGCAGUACGUAUCGGAGACCGCAUUGAGUGCGCUGGCCAAGGUGGGUGGGACCCCCAGAGCGAAGUUUUCCCUACCGAAAUCAACGCACAGAUCGACCUGGCUUUCGAGAACGUAGAGCGCAACUUGAAGGAUGCUGGCGGAAAGGGUUGGUCACAAGUAUUCCGAGUGAACUCAUACCAUGUUCCUAUCAACAACGAGGCACUAGCAGCUAUGGUGCGGAACUUCAGGAAGUGGAUGCCAGACCACGAGCCUAUCUGGACUUGCGUUGGCGUCACACGGUUGGGUGAGGACGACAUGCGCGUGGAGAUUGAGGUCGUGGCACACGACCCAAAAUAAAAGGAUUCUAGCUACGGAUUGAAUGCAUUAGUG